CUUAGGAUAAUGUUGGCUGUGGUGAUAGUGAUUAUUGCUUUCAUAACUAGAAGCACCGUUUCGGAAAAUAAUGCCAGUGUUUACAAUACAUCCGAUUUUGGAUUCGAACUAAUCAUGACCAAAUUGGAGGCAAUUAAUUUUAAUAUACAACAAAUCAAUUCGAGUCAACAGGUGGAGAUGCAAAGCUUGAAGCGAACGCUGGAAGAAAUCAAAACCCUAAUCACGAACUGCUCGCUGGUUUGGUCACAAAAAUUUCCGCAAACCUGCGCAGAAGCGACGGUUGGCCUCUCAGGGUUGUACCGCAUUCAACUUCGGCCAGGAUUUACGCAUCCCUUCGACGUUUACUGCGACCAGCAAUAUGAGGAUGGCGGUUGGACGGUGAUUCAAAACAGAUACGAUGGUUCCGUUGAUUUCUUUCGAGGUUGGGAUCAGUACGAAGAAGGUUUUGGAGAUAUGCACGGCGAGUUCUGGUUGGGAUUGAGAAAAAUACACGAACUGACGUAUGCUAAACCUCACAAACUGCACGUUGUAACGGAGGACAUUGAUGGGACAGUCGCUGUGGCCAAGUACAGCCGAUUCCAGAUUGGAGAUGCAAAGAGCAAGUAUUUCUUGAAAAGUUUGGGAAGAUUCAGUGGAACUGGUGGGGAUUCACUAACGGUGUAUCAUAAAGGAAUGAAGUUUUCUACUUUUGAUUCCGACAAUGAUAAGGACUUCCAAAGUUGUGCUCGGCAGCAUCAAGGUGCUUGGUGGUAUAAUACCUGCGGCUCAAGUAAUUUGAAUGGGCUGUAUCGGGAAGGAGGGCAUCCCUUCGGGAUGUAUUGGCUUCCGUUUCAUGGAGCGGAAUUAAAAAGUUCACGCAUGAUGAUUAAGGUUAUCUCCGAAAAGGCUAAUGAUGAUAGCUGAUAUUCUACUCAAGAGUUAUAACUUAAUGUUAUUGGUACCUACAUUAAGAACUAUCAGAGCGACUAUAAACAGCCUUCAGGUUAAAAAUUUGCUCAUUCAGCAUUGGAAUACAGUGGAACGAUAAGCGCUCGAUUUAAUCUCUAUGUUUUAUGUAAUUGUACGGGACCAUAAAACGCUUUCUGCGGACACAAAAAAUGUCAUACCUGCAUAACUAUUCAUUCAGACAGGUGUGUUGCACAAUGACAGCCAAUUAACAUACUUUCUCAGCAAACAUUAAAUGACACAUUUUAUUCU